AUGCCUCCCCCUUGUACCGUUAGGCCAAAGCCGGCGGUGAAGAAGAAGAAGGAGACGACCACGACCCCCGGGACCCAGCAGCUUGCCCCGGUCGCGCAACCUCUGGCACGGAAGAGCGGUGACGGUUCCCGCGCCUCAGCGGCCGGGUCGUCCUCGCAAGAUUCAGGGGCCCGACCUCAGGAGAAGGCGAUCUCUAUGGACAAGCCGGCUCCGGAGGCGCCUGCCCCCAGCCUGCCUGCCGAGGCUCCGAAGGCUCAGGAGCCCCCGGCCUCUUCUGGUGCGAUCAACCUGCAGGCCUUGGCGUCGAUGCUGCCUCCUCCUCUUCCCAUCACGCCGCUGGGCCGUGAUCCUUCCGCCUCGCCUCAUGCUCCGGGGGAAGCUCUUUCCACGCUGACCCAGCUUCGGGACGACCUUCAAGGCGCCAACCGUCGCGUGGCGGCAGGGCGCCUGGAGUUGAUCUCGGGGUGGCUGCGCUCCGACGCGUCUGUUAGGGCGGCAUUGAGCCAGGCCAUAGCAGCCUCCGAGGAAGGCGAGCGGGCCGCUGGCCUGGCCGUUGUUGCUCGUGACGUGGCGCCGAAGGAUGCUGAGGCUGCCCAAGAGCGCUGCCGGUUGGCGGAGGCCGAGCUGGAGACCAUGCGCAACGAGGGCACAGUCGAGGCUCGUUAG